AUGAGCCGCUUCAAGGUGUCCAAGUUCCGGCAUACGGAGGCCCGGCCGCCCCGCCGUGAGGCCUGGAUCACUGACCUUCGAGCAGGAACUACCCCAUCUUGUGGGAACCAUAUCAAAUCCAGCUGCAGCUUGAUCGCCUUCAACUCCGACCGUACAGGUGUGCUGGGCAUUGUGCCUCUGGACGGCCAGGGAGAGAACAAGAGACACGUGACCCACCUGGGCUGCCAUUCUGACCUGGUCACGGACUUGGACUUCUCUCCCUUUGAUGACUUUCUCCUGGCCACCAGCUCAGCAGAUAGGACGAUGAAACUAUGGAGACUGCCAGCCUCCGGCCAGGCGCUGCCCUCGGGACCUGGGCUGGUGCUGGGCCCUGAGGACACCCGGGUAGAGGUGCUGCAGUUCCACCCCACUGUGGAUGGCGUCCUGGUGAGCACGGCAGGCACAGCCGUGAAGGUCUGGGAUGUGGCUAAGCAGCAGCCCCUAACAGAGCUGGCAGCCCACGGGGACCUGGUGCAGGGUGCUGUCUGGAGCCGAGAUGGAGCCCUGCUGAGCACAACAUGCAAGGACAAGCAGCUGAGGAUCUUUGACCCCAGAGCAAAGCCUGAGGCCUCCCAGAGCACACAGGCCCAUGAGAACAGCAAGGAUGGCCGGCUGGCGUGGACAGGCACCCAGGAGCACCUUGUGUCCACUGGAUUCAACCAGAUGCGUGAACAUGAAGUGAAACUGUGGGACACCCGACACUUCUCCAGCGCCCUCACCUCCCUCACCCUGGACACCUCACCGGGGUCUCUGAUGCCCCUCUUGGACCCAGACUCUGGGCUCCUGGUCCUGGCAGGAAAGGGUGAGAGUCAGCUGUACUGCUAUGAGGUGGCCCUCCAACAGCAGGCACUGAGCCCAGUGACCCAGUGCCUCCUGGAGAAUGUGCUUCGGGGGGCUGCCCUUGUGCCCCGGAGGGCGCUGGCUGUCAUGGGCUGUGAGGUGCUCCGAGUCCUGCAGCUGACCGACACAGCCAUCGUGCCCAUCAGCUUCCACGUGCCCCGCAAGGCCGUGGAGUUCUACGAGGACCUGUUCCCCAACACCGCGGGCUGCGUGCCUGCCUCCGAACCACACUCCUGGUGGGCUGGGAGCAACCAGCAGGUACAGAAGGUCAGUCUCAACCCGACAUGCCAGCCUCACCCCAGCUUCACUUCCCACCUGGUGCCCCCUACAGAGCCCUCCCCUGAUGCCGUCCAGCCUGCGAAGCUGCCGACGGGCAACAAGGACCCCAGUGAGGGCUACUCCUCCCCUCCCAGCUCUCUGAUCUCACCCUCCACGCCAUCCAGCUUGGGGCCCUCGCUCUCCAGCACCAGUGGCAUUAGCACCAGCGCCAGCCAGAGGUCACUGCAGAGCCUUCUGGGCCCCAGUUCCAAGUUCCGCCACGCUCAGGGUACCAUCCUACACCGAGACAGCCAUAUCACCAACCUCAAGGGGCUCAACCUCACCACACCCGGCGAGAGCGACGGCUUCUGUGCCAACCAGCUACGUGUGGCCGUGCCCCUGCUCAGCAGCGGUGGGCAGGUGGCUGUACUCGAGCUUCGGAAGCCGGGCCGCCUGCCUGACACAGCGCUGCCCACCCUUCAGAAUGGGACAGCCGUGACCGAUCUGGCCUGGGACCCCUUCGACCCCCACCGCCUUGCCGUGGCCGGGGAGGACGCCAGGAUUCGUCUGUGGCGGGUGCCCCCGGAGGGCCUCGUGGAGGUGCUGACUACCCCGGAGGCUGUGCUGACAGGUCACACAGAGAAGAUCUACUCUCUGCGCUUCCACCCCCUGGCAGCCGACGUACUGGCCUCCUCUUCCUAUGACCUUACCAUUCGCAUCUGGGACCUUCAGGCUGGAGUUGAACGGCUACGGCUGCAGGGCCACCGGGACCAGAUAUUUGGCCUGGCCUGGAGUCCUAAGGGGCAGCAGCUGGCCUCUGUCUGCAAGGAUGGAUGCUUGCGGGUCUAUGAGCCCCGGAGUAGCCCUGAGCCCCUGCAGGAAGGCCCAGGGCCUGAAGGGGCCCGUGGAGCCCGCAUUGUCUGGGUGUGCGACGGUCACUGUCUGCUGGUGUCAGGCUUUGACAGCCGAAGUGAGCGCCAGCUACUCCUGUACUCAGCCAAGGCCCUGGCUAGUGGCCCCUUGGCAGUGCUGGGGUUGGACACGGCUCCUUCCACUCUGUUGCCCAUCUACGACCCAGACACCAGCCUGGUGCUACUCACUGGCAAGGGUGACACCCGAGUGUUUUUGUACGAGCUGCUCCCUGAGGCUCCUUUCUUCCUGGAGUGUAACAGCUUCACUUCGACUGAUCCCCACAAGGGCUUUGCACUCCUGCCCAAGACAGAGUGUGAUGUGCGUGAAGUAGAGUUUGCCCGAUGCCUGCGGCUUCGCCAGACCUCCCUGGAGCCCGUUGCCUUCCGGUUGCCCAGAGUCAGGAAAGAAUUCUUCCAGGAUGAUGUGUUCCCAGACACAGCUAUAAGCUGGGAGCCCGUGCUCAGUGCCAAAGACUGGCUGGGAGGUGCCAACAGACAGCCCCGGCUUCUCAACCUGCAGCCCCCUGGCAUGACCCCAGUGAGCCAGGCCCCCCGUGAAGCCCCUGCACGGCGGGCCCCAUCCUCAGCGAUCUACCUGGAAGAAAAGUCAGACCAGCAAAAGAAGGAAGAGCUUCUGAGUGCCAUGGUGGCAAAGCUAGGGAAUCGCGAGGACCCGCUCCCCCAGGACUCCUUCGAAGGAGUGGACGAGGACGAGUGGGACUAG